GUUGCAUGCAAUAGCUAUAGCAUCCCCAGAGCCAUAUUGCUAUCAAUAAUAUUCCAAAAGUGACUAACAUGGCACCAGCCAUGUUCAUUGCAUGGACUUUUUGUGCAAUGUUGAUCUCAAACAACCUUGUACAAGGUAUAGGUGUCAAUUGGGGUUCCCAGUCAUCGCACCCUUUGAACCCCAGCAUUGUGGUUGGCAUGUUAAAGGACAAUGGGAUCAAACAAGCGAAGCUUUUCGAUGCAGAUGGUUGGACGGUCAGUGCUUUCGCCGGGUCGGGGAUUGAGGUCAUGGUUGGUAUCCCUAAUAACCAGCUGAAAGGCCUCGCUAAUGACUACGAUAAAGCCAAAGAUUGGGUCAAAGAAAAUGUCACCAAACAAAUUAAUGAUGUUGAUAUCAGGUAUGUUGGUGUUGGAAACGAGCCAUUCUUGAAGAGUUACAAUGGUACUCAUCUAAAGACUACAUUCCCAGCAUUACAAAACAUUCAAAAGGCUCUGAAUGAGGCUGGCUAUCGCGGCAAAAUCAAAGCCACAGUACCCCUUAAUGCUGAUGUCUAUGAGGCUUCUUCAAACAAACCAUCAGAUGGUAACUUUCGCAAGGAUGUUCGUAGUGUUAUGCUCCAAAUAGUAAAAUUCCUCGACGAAAAUGAUGCCCCAUUUUUGGUUAACAUAUAUCCCUUCCUUAGUCUUUAUCAAAGCUCAAGUUUCCCCAUGGAUUUUGCUUUCUUUGAUGGUGGCAGCCCAAUUCAAGACAAGAAUAUCCAAUAUACGAAUGUGUUUGAUGCCAAUUUUGAUACACUUGUUUGGGCACUAAGAAAGAAUGGUUUUGGGGACUUGAAAAUCAUGGUAGGAGAAGUUGGAUGGCCUACUGAUGGUAACAUAAAUGCCACCCCAAAAUUGGCUAAAAGGUUCUAUGAUGGGUUCCUUAAGAGAAUGGCUAACAAAAAGGGAACCCCACUUAGGCCAGGCCAAAUGGAAGCUUACCUUUUUGGCCUUCUUGAUGAGGACAUGAAGAGCAUUGAUCCUGGGGACUUUGAGCGCCACUGGGGGAUUUUCCGCUAUGAUGGGCAGCCCAAGUUUCCAAUUGAUUUUAGUGGCAAAAAUAAUAACAAGAUGCCAGUAGGUGCAAAAGGGGUCCAAUACAUGGAUUCUCAAUGGUGUGUGCUUACAGAGGAUACUAAGAACAUAACCGAAUUAGUUCCUGAAAUUGAUUAUGCAUGUUCUAACUCUGAUUGCAGCAGCUUGGGUUAUGGCUCUACAUGCAACAGUUUGGACGCCCGUGGGAACGUGUCUUAUGCUUUUAACAUGUACUACCAAAUGCAAGACCAAAGUGUUGAGGCAUGCAAAUUCAACGGGCGAGCUGAGAUUGUUAAGCAAAAUGCUUCCAAAGGAAGUUGCCUAUUUCCUGUACAGGUAUUAAGUGCUGGAGAGAGGCUGAGCUUGGCAUAUGGAGCAACUAUUAUUGCUGGAUUGUUGUUGAGCUUGUUCACAUUGGUUUGAGAUGCGAGUCAUGAAAUUAGGAGAUCAUCAAUCCAACAUUACAACCUUUGGUUUUUGUAUGCAUUUUUCUGUGGAACAAUUGUUAGGUUUAGUUUAUAUGUCUCUAUAAUGAUACAGCUGAAAUUGCAUUCCCUCAAAAUUUUGAACCCAUUACUUGUUGAGUAAGAGCUUUAUGAUUACAUAAUGGAAUGGGGGAACUUCAUUCUCAAGCUAGACACCAUCUAUAUAUGUAACAGGAUUAACAGCUCUUGGGAGAUUUCAAUUUCUGUCCUGGAUAUAAACUCAAAUUAUAAGUACUCAUCAUUCUUUUGUUU